AUGGCCACGGGCUUACAAUUGGUGAGAGUGGCUCGGCAGGAAUGUGAGGGACGCUACCGAACCGUUGGCAUUUGUCACACUUCUUUGACCAACAUGUUCGCAUCUUGGUGCAAAGUCGCCCAGAAAUAUCCCUGUCGGAAGACUUUGUGUGCGAGCGAUUGGGAUCCUGAAUGGUCACCGCAGACUGCGACGCUCGUGGACCUCCCGAAGGAUGUAGUCCCCCUGCUCUUUGGUAGGCAUUUUAGAUACGGCGUGGUGUAG